AUGAAAGGAGUCGUAUGUUUCAGCAAGAAGGGAGAGUUAAAUCCCCGAUACGUAGGACCCUAUGAAAUAGUCGAAACAGUCGGUCUAGUAGCUUACAGAUUGAAUCUGCCAACAGAGAUGCAGGGAAUACACAAUGUAUUUCAUUUAUCAACUUUGAAGAAGAGUUUCGGAGAAAAACGUCUAGUAGUUAUGAAGUCCAAUGGGAUUCAGCUUCAACCCAACUUGUCUUAUACAGAAUGGCCAGUACAGAUCAUGGAUCACAAGGAACAGGAGUUAAGAAAUCGGAAUAUACCUCUAGUGAAAGUGCUAUGGAAUAACUCAGAAUUCAAAGAAGCAACUUGGAAAUGGGAGGAUAUAAUGAGAAGCAAAUAUCCUCAUUUGUUUGUAGCUUAA